AUGGCCCGACACCACCCCGAUCUUAUCUUCUGCCGCAAGCAACCAGGCAUAGCCAUCGGGCGUCUAUGCGAAAAGCACGAUGGAAUCUGCGUCAUUUGCGACUCAUAUGUGCGGCCAGCAGACUUGGUGCGCAUCUGCGACGAGUGCAACUACGGAUCGUACCAGGGGCGGUGUGUCGUUUGUGGAGGGAAUGGGAUCUCGGAUGCGUUUUAUUGCAAGGAGUGUGUUGUGCAGGAGAAGGAUAGAGACGGCUGCCCGAAAAUUGUAAAUCUAGGGAGUAGCAAAACGGAUCUGUUUUAUGAGCGGAAGAAAUAUGGCUUCAAACAAAGGUAA